AUGGCAGGCAUGGAGGCUCACGUCGAUGGAGCUGGGGGCGGAGCCCUCGAAAACGGGGAGCUCGAGAGCAAUCCUCUGCUUGAUGACUCUAACAAAAGAAGAUUAUAUCUGGAGUACCGUGAAGAAGUCGUCAGGGUGGGGAGCCUGGCCGGCCCAAUCAGCUCGCAGGCAGCGCUGGUAUUCGUGUCAUCGUUAGUUAGCCUUGCAUUUGCCGGCCAUCUUGGGGGGCUGGCGCUCAGCCAGGCGGUGCUGGCCUCCUCAUGCUACAACAUCACAGGCGCUGCUGUGCUGCUGGGCCUCGCUUCUGGCAUGGAGACGCUGUGCGGGCAGGCAUACGGGGCGGGGAAUUACGGAGCGCUAGGGAUUGUGCUGCAGCAGGCGGUGGUAAUUUCCACUGCCGUAUUUGCGCUCAUUCUGGCGCUGUGGACGCAAGUGCAUCACCUACUCUUAGCGGCAGGUCAGAGGAAGGAGAUUGUGGAUGGGGCAGUAAUGUACCUGCUGCUGAGCGCACCUGCCCUCUACUGCUAUGUCAUCGCCGAGUGCCUCAAGCGAUAUCUCCUGGCACAGGCACGGUCUCUGUCUCCUUUUUCAAAUGGUGUGGUGACGCCUGCCACGAUAGUGACGGCCUGUUCGGCGGCGUUGUCUCCUUUGUACAACUGGCUCCUGGUCGAUUACUUCCAAGUUGGCCUGGCGGGGGCAGCUCUCGCCAACGACGCUGUGCAGGCGACGGUGUUGGUGGGACUUGUGAGCUACGUGGUCUGGCGGGAUCGGCGGCUGAAGGGGACGCCGUUGCAGACCUGGCCUGGCUGGUCCAGGCAGUGUCUGCACGGCUGGUGGCCCUACCUGAAGCUGGCUCUGCCAACAGUGGGCGCCUGCUGCCUCGAAUGGUGGCUCUACGAGGGACUCAUUCUGAUCGCCGGGUGGUUCCCCAAUGCUGACGUGGCGGUGGCGGCCAUGGGAGUGGGAUUCAACACCACCGCGCUCACGUACACCAUCUCUCAGGGCAUCGGAGGCGCGGCGAGCACAAGGGUGGCGAACGAAUUGGGCAGUGCAAAGCCCCUCAGGGCGGAGAAAGCAGCGUACACCGCCAUCGCUCUGGAGACAUUGCUGAUGCUGGGGAUCGUGGCUGUGGGGUUUGGGCUCAGAGACGUCUGGGCCUACCUCUUCACUGAUGAUCCAGAGGUGGUGGAUGUGAUCGAGAUAAUUCUGCCCGUGGUGUUCUUCUCGGAGAUUGGGGACGGCCUCAACUGCGUCUGCGGAGGGGUGAUGAGGGGGGCGGGGCGGCAGCUAUUGGCAAGCAUUCUGAACCUGAUCACAUAUUGGGGACUCGGCCUACCGCUGUCGUGCGUUUUGGGCCUGCACUAUGGACUGGGCGUGCAGGGGCUCUGGUGGGGGCUGGCCACUACUACCACUGUGCAGGGGCUGGCAAUGCUGGCUACGGUGAUGUGUUUCGACUGGGAUCAGGAGGCCAAGGCGGCGGCUGUGCUGAUGAACACGCAGCACGACGCCCUGGGGCCAGAAUCAGAGGCGCUGCUGCACCCCGCCAGCGAGGCCGGCAGCCUCGACGGCGGCGAACGAUGA